AUGUUUUUAUCCAAGGUCUUGUCAGCAACUGCAUCGCGAUCCACCACUGCAUUACGGUUCCAUUCCACUGCAACGGGUAGCACAUCACCGUUCCUGAAGGAUUUCAUUACUUCGGAAGACAAAGGACCUGUCGAAACCGCCAUCGAGUCCAAGUUGAUUGAAGCAUUGGACCCUUCGACACUCCACAUUGUCAAUGAAAGCCAUAUGCAUGCUCACCAUGCUGCUAUGAAAGGAAAUACCAACAAAGAAACCCAUUUCCGUAUCACGUUGAUCUCUGAAAAGUUUGCUGGCCAGACUUUGAUGCAACGCCAUCGAUCGGUUUACAAGCUACUCAAGGAUGAACUCGAACAAGGCGUGCAUGCUCUUACUUUAAGAACAAAGACACAAAGCGAGAUUGAAAAGAAAUAA